UGUGCCAACCCAACCUUCACCUCAUCAGUUCCUGAGGAGCUCUGAACUCUCUCCUCGAUCAGCAUGCAGAUCCGUGUGGCAGUGGGGAUGCUGGCAGCUCUGGUCCUGGUCUUACUGGCUCCCAGUAUGACUGAGGGACUGGUUCUGACCAGGUGUGAGAUGCAGCAAAAACUGCAGAACCAGACUCUACCUGCAAACAUCUCAUCCAACCUGUCCGGGAACACGUCCACCAACGCGUCCAGCGAUGCUGCACACAUUGUGUGCUACGCAGAGUUGGUUUCCGGCCUCAACACCAGCAAAGUCUCCCAACCAAUGAAAUCGCCAGACAACAGCGGCGAAGAUGGCGACUCUUCAGAAUCCAGCGAAGAAGUCAAACCCCACAAGGGUCGCAGACAAAGAUCCCUAGGGUCAAAAUCAGAAAAAAAGUCUGACAAGGGUGAUAAAGGUGAUAAAGGUGGCAAAGGUGGCAAGCCUCCAAAACCCGACACCCAGAGUGUAACUAAACAACCCUUUCCCCACAGUGAGCCUCAUACAGAAUCCCAUCCACACAACACCACCGGAGGCAACCACACUGGAUCCCAUGACCUGCAUCCCAAAGAUGACCACUCAUCAGAAUCCAGCGAAGAAGUCAAACCCAACAAAGGUCGCAAACAAAGAUCCCUCAGGUCCAAAUCAGAAAAAAAGUCUGACAAAGGUGACAAAGGUGGCAAGCCUCCAAAACCCGACAGCCAGAGUGUUACCAAACAACCCUUUUCCCACAGUGAUCCUCCUAAAGGCACUGGAGCUCCAAACCAGAACUCAUCAAUGACCCCAAACCCUGUCAGACCAACCGGCCACCAUGACGAUGAUAAUAGUGCAGAAUUCAAGUCCAAGGGUCGCCAUCGAAGGUCCCCCAAAUGGCCAAGACCUGGACCCAAACCCCAGCCAAAGCCCGAUCCAAAGCCCCAGCCAAAACCCCAACCAAAACCUGAACCAAAACCCCAACCAAAGCCCGAUCCAAAGCCCCAGCCAAAACCCCAACCAAAACCUGAACCAAAACCCCAACCAAAGCCUGAAAAAAGUGGUGAGCAACUCUACGGUGUGUUCCAGCUGUCAGAUCGGGUUGCCUGUGCCUCCGGAACUAAGCCCACCCUCAAUCUCUGCGGACUGACCUGCGACAAACUGGUUGAUGAUGACAUCACCGAUGACAUCGCCUGUCUCAAGACCCUCCUCAGCAAGUUCACGCCAGUGGACAGCCUUAAAGGAGAGGCCAGAGAGCAUGUCAAGAAAUUGUACGACCAAAUCUACCAGAAGCAAUGUGCCGGCGCGACCGACGCCCAGUUUUUCUCUGGCUGUUAGACCCGAGCACAGCACGGCAGACUCAUCCAGAACUUCUCUACUCUGUAACCUGAUAAAUUCUUUCGUAAAAUGAUCGUGGCAAUCACUUUCCUAUUUUUCUGACUGUAAGCUACGUCUGUGCUUUUUUUUUUUUAGAACGUGAAAAAAAGCAUGACUGUUGGAUAUCAGGGUAUAUCAGGGUAUAUAUAUAUUUCACAAUGUCUUUCUUGUUGGUUGAAUAUAAAAGUUCAGCUGAUCAGUAGGACGAUUCUAGUACUGUAUCGCUGUAUCACUGACGGUACAGCAUAACGUUAAGGUUUAGGGUUUAAUUUAAAGAUUAUUUAACUGAUAAUUAUUUAACUUCCUUCUGUCCUCAAUACAUUCUCUGCAUUCAAA